AUGCUUCAUACCAAGAAAAAUUCUUAUGCGGGGAAAACAUUACUGUCUAUCAGGACCCUGCGCCCUUUCGAGACAGGGGCCGUGCAGGCCCCUCCACCUCCAGUUAUCGAAAACGCCCUGAAAGGAAGGACGCGGCCCCCGCCAGGGGUAAGAAAAGGAAGUAGCGAACUCGUCGUACCUCCGAAACCCCUACUAUCAUCUCCCUCUUCUCUUCCUCUAUCUCUUCUACCUCCUUCAACUAUCAACCCACCGGUACAACCAGGGGUUAUCGGUCCGAGCAACGGCCCACCGGCUCGAAGGACGGAAACAUCGCAGCCCCCUAGCCGGCUAACUACGGUAAAUAAAUUUCUUAGGGAGCUGAGGCAUCAGAUGUUUUCGCCGAGAGACACUGACGGGGACAGUGACGCACCGGAUUCCGCGAUAGAGAACAAUCAUACCCCUGCGUGCAACAACCCCGGAGUUAGCCCACAGUCAGUAUCGGAUAUCCCUUCCUUCUUAUCAGAAGACUUUGGCAUACCCGAAUGGUGGACACCAAGUCCCCUCUCUGACUCACUACCUUCGAGUAGUUCUGCGGACAAUAGCGAAGCUCAGUCAAUCAUCACGGAACUACAAGACUCUGUCUACAGCACCGACGAUGAACCUGGUAUGCCCCAGGGGGGAGCAUCUAAUACACCCAACAUACCCGGUAUCCUCAAUGGCAGGGGCGGACUGGCCAUAAGAUCCAGUGGGCAUUUUGCCCACGAGGCCGCGAGAAAAUGUCGAUUUUGA